AUGCUCCUAGUGCCCGACCACGUAGGCAUUGGCCUGAGAAACCUAUCAACGCGCCUCCGCUCGAUCAAGCUCAUCAAUAUCCGCAUUUCGCCCUCACUCUUCUGGCCUGGCGCCGACGAGCAACAGAGCCAGACGGAUGAGGAGAAUAGCGAUCAUGACCCGUCCCUACUACCAUCAUGGCCGAACUUGGAGACAUUCGAGGUUUCAGCCGAGCUGCCAGACACCGUUGCCGCUAGCCGGCCCGUCGAGAGCAUCAAUGAGAUCAUCGCUGCUGUGGGCCAUGCAGCACGUCGCAUGCCGAAGCUCAAGUUCAUGGAGGUGGAUGUUGACGCUCCUCACCAUGAUAUGUGGGCGAUACUUAAGGUCAGGUCAGCGGCCGCGGGAGAGACCAAUUGUGAGUUCACGUGGGACAGCGGGCGGGCGUUGCCGGUGUCGUGGAGUAAAGAGACCGUCAAGGCGUGGGGGCUGGAGGGAGAGGGCGUGCUGCGGGUUCAGAGAGAUGGGUCUGAGUGGAGCGCGGUGGCACAUUUACCAUGGCUUGGAAGCAGCUCGGGGACGGUGUAG